AUUCUUGUGGCAGCUUUCAAGAAAAGGAUCUCUCUCGAACGGGUCUAUUAACCACACUGAUAAUCUUCCCAACUUUUUUUUUUUUUUUUUUUUUGCCUCUGGAAAUACUUGUUUGGGACUUUUUUAGCUGGUUUGGAAACUUAUUUUGCGGUUUGAUUUCGCGGGACUCGCAUCAUUUAUUUAAUUCUACCUAAGACAGUAAAAUCAUCAUACUUUUGAGUCUGUUUUCGGUGGUGGUCUUGCAUUUAGAGCGGUUUUGUCCAGUGUAAAAUAAAGCGAAAAGAACGUUUUUAUUCAUAGACUGGGGCGCGUUUUGAUAUUUUUUUGUAAUGGCGCUGCUACCCCAUUGGUUGAAGGAUUUGACCCCCGAAAUGAUCAAAAGAGCCGAAGUAGAGUUGGGUGAAACUUCAGAAAAAAGGAAAAUAGCGAUGGAAGAGCUCAGGCAACUUAUUGAUAAUGAAGAAGGGUUUUGCAUCCCAACAGAUGAACAAUUCCUACAGCGAUUCCUUCGUGCCAAAAAGUAUGAAGUGAAAAGAGCUUUCAAAAGCCUCAAGCUCUAUUAUUCCUUAAAGGCCAGUUUUCCAGAGUUACUCAACAUUUUACCAUCGGAUGUUGAACACAUUUUGAAAAAGGAUAUUAUAAUGGUGACAACUAGAAGGGGUUUAAAUGCAGAAGGAGUCCUUAUAUUACUAUUAGGAGUUAUAGAUGACGACUGGUCAGUAUCUGCUGAAGACCUGACCAGAGCGACGUUCAUUUCUGCCGAUAUAGGAGUUGAAGCGGAGGCAUCCCAAAUAUGUGGAAGUUCCAUGAUUUUUGACUUGAAAGGUGUUACGUGGAGGACUUUGGUUCGUUUGAGCACUCCGAAAAUUCUUUCUUUGAUGGCCAAAGGUUUGCAGGAUGCCUGGCCUCAUAGAAUCAAUGGCAUACAUGUUGUAAAUGAACCAAGCUAUUUUACAUACACCUAUAACAUAAUCCGCCCCAUGCUAUCCAGGAAAAUGAGGAGAAGGAUUCAUUUCCACGGCAAAAGUUUGGAAAGCUUACACAAACACUUCCCUGUUGAAAUUCUUCCCGAGGCCCUAGGAGGUAAAGCUGGAAAGAAAGAAUUUAAAGAAUUUCGGGAAAAUAUUCUGGACAGAGAAAAGCUUGGAGAGAAACUGAGAGAUUUCGUCUACGAAGGUGUUAAAUUUCCAGAGGCAAAUUCUGAACCAUUUGAAUCUGAGUCAUAUAAUUAAAUAAAGAAAAUCUACAAAAAUUUGUCAGCUCAUAUACAGCUGAGAAAUGAUGAUAAAAAUGGCACAAUGGCGUGCACAUCAAGGCCAAAAUUUAAAAAUGAUAAUUCUUUAAAAAAAGAAACUUUAAAGAAAUUAAAUUGAAAGUUUUGAAUUUUAUAGGACUUUGCGGCAGCUUUAGUGAUCUGACGAGAUAUGCGCAGAGGUUUCAUCUGUAACUGCGCAUUACGUCAUCCGGUGGGUGGUUACUGCAAACGUGUCUUGAAUCAGACGAUUAUUUUGGAAUUGGAGAAAGCACAAAAGAUAAUUGAACUGCAAUACAAAAUGAAUGUCUGUUUUUUUUUAUACAAACAGGCAUUUCCUCAUGUUUGUAUUCACGAAAAGAAAAUAGAGGGGGAAAAAAGCCUUUGGUGUCCUUUUAAUAUCACAAAAACAAAAACAAAUAAACUUGUUUAUCACAUGCUCACUUAAUAUUUAUUUUCUACAAUCAUUUUCAAAAUUCCUCCUGCCGUUCUUCUAGAAAAUACUAUUCGAAUUUGUUUUGGAAGAAAAAAUCGUUUAUGUUGUUUUGGAACAAUUAAGAAUUUAUCCAUCUAAAACAAACCAUCAAAUAAAAAAAAAGUUUUCAUUUUUUUGAGAUGAAUACAUAUUAUACUUUUUAAAAACUUCGAAUAGAAAACAAAUUGGUCAUGAUAGCUUAUUGCGAAAUGUUUAUGUUUCAGAAACAGUAAUUUGUACUAUCAAUUAAUUAUCCUAUUGUCUUCGCAUGCAACUUAUUUUUUUCAAAUAAAAUGGUCUCCAAAAAAUAUUUUUAUAAACUGAAAAAUAUUCAGAGAAUUGUAAUUUCAGUUUUCCUCCGCAAUUUUUUUUCUCUUCGAAUAAUCUAGUUUAUUUCCGUAUUUUUUUAUAUAAAAUAACACACACACAAACCUUAAAUUCUUCAUUUUUGUUUGCUGUUUCUAUUUUAUACAUAAAAAAUU